CAGAGCGGUAGGUUAUGAUAGACUUCUCUUUUCUGAUGGGAUUGUGGGAACCAAGCGGGAUAAGAACGCCAAGUUGCCGGCUCCCAUCUUCCACAAUUUUAAGUCCUUCUCCAUGUAGGAUAUUUUCUCAUCUUUUUGUUUUUCUCGUCUCCACACCCACUGCUAUGGAGCUGCCGCGCUGCUGGAAGACGUUUUCUUGCACUCGAGUUGUUUGAUUGAAGUCCCCAAAUUCAGACCUGGCUGGUUGUGAAUUCACCAAUGGGACUUGUUUAGAGACCAUGGAUUCAUUGAAGUCUUGUGCUGUACCGGAGAUUUAUGAAUCGAAAAGAUGUAAUUUUUGGAGGAAUUCCUAUCUUUAUGGAGUGGAUUGUAUUGGCUUGAACUCGUCGGUAUCACAUAUUAGCAUCAGAUUUGCUGGGGAUAGGAAGAAAAUUGUUAAAGGGGAUGUGAGAUGCUAUGGGUUCUGUGUUGAUUGUAGAGUGGAUAAGUGUUCAAGUUCGUCUUUUCCCGAAACCCAGUUUGCUUCUGUUGGUGGCUCUCGUAGAUGGGAUCACAAUCCUAAGAUUAGGUUGCAGCACAUUGUUGUUCGUGGAUUGGAAGGCAUUGGUGGCCCCCGAUCAGCAUCUGAAUUUGUUAAAAAUCCUCAAUCAAGUCAGGCUGGUGAUGCAGCUUUUUUGGAUGUCAGCUUGACUCCAAAGAACCCGGUUCCAAACUUGAUGGAAGUCCCCAACAAGGCACUUAAGGAUGGUGCAGAAAGAAAGAGUGGAAGAAAGAUAUGGAACCGGUUUCUGGGUAUUAAGAAAGCAGCUCAAAGGAAGGUUUCUAGGCCUGUUUUUACAAGGAAAGGGCAAAUACUUGAGCAUGUAAAGAAUUAUAGAAAACUAGAGGUUGCUUUAUCUGCUAUUGAAUCUAAUUCUAGCAUGGAGCAAUGCAAUUUUGUUCUGAGAAUGCUCGAGAAGAACAGUGAUGAGAAGACAAUGACUUUCUUUAAAUGGAUGAGGAGUAAUGGGAAACUGAAGAAAAAUACCAAUGCUUAUCAGUUAGCCCUCCGAGCAUUGGCCAGGAAGGAGGAUUGGUGCAGAGCCAAAAUGCUUAUUCAAGAAAUGACUUCUGUUGCAGAUUGUGAAUUAAGUGCUCGAGCAUUUAAUGUACUGAUAUAUGUUUGUGCUAAAAGAGGUCUUGUUGGGUGGGGGACAAAGUGGUUCCACAUGAUGUUAGAAAGAGGGGUACAACCUGAUAUUGCUACUUUUGGCAUGCUGAUGAGCCUAUACCAAAAGAGUGGCAAACUUUCAGAAGCUGAGUUCACAUUUGGUCACAUGAGGAGCUGCAAAAUUCACUGCAUCAGUGCGUACUCAUCAAUGAUCACCAUUUAUACACGUUUGGGUAUGUAUGAUAAGUCAGAGGAAAUUAUCAGCCUCAUGGAAAAAGAUGAAGUGCUUCCCAAUUUGGAAAAUUGGUUGGUCCGCAUUAAUGCUUACAGUCAGCAGGGUAAACUAGAGGAGGCUGAAUCAGUAUUGAAAUCAAUGCUAGAUGCGGGAAUUUCUCCAAAUAUUGUGGCAUACAACACCUUGAUCACAGGGUAUGGAAAGGUAUCCAAUCCGAAGGCUGCAAAACGUUUAUUUCAAACCCUUGAAAGUGAUGGUUUAGAGCCUGAUGAAACAACUUAUAGGUCCAUGGUUGAAGGUUUUGGUAGAACAGAUAAUUACAGAGAGGCAUUAUGGUACUAUGAGGAACUCAAGAGUUCAGGAUUUCGGCCAACCUCAUCGAAUUUUUAUACAAUGAUUAACUUACAAGCUAGGCAUUGUGAUGAGAAAGGUGUCGUUCAAACUCUCAAAGACAUGAGACUGAUGGGUUGCCAAUAUUCAUCAAUUGUCAGUAGCCUUCUUCAGGCAUAUGAAAGGGUUGGAAGGACAGAAAAAGUUCCUCAUAUUCUAAAUGCUUCUUUUUAUGAGAAUAUUUUACUUGAUCCAACAUCGUGUUCUGUUCUUGUCAUGGCCUAUAUUCAGAAUUCCUUGUUGGAUGAUGCCUUACAAGUUUUACAGGACAAGAGGUGGGAAGAUUCUGAAUUUGAAGACAAUUUAUAUCAUUUAUUAAUAUGUUCUUGCAAGGAGGUAGGCCAUUAUGAGAAUGCCGUUAAGAUUUACACUCAGAUGCCAAAAUCUGAGGCCCACCCAAAUCUUCAUAUUGCAUGUUCCAUGAUCAAUAUUUUUAGUGCCUUGGACAGAUUUCCUGAUGCUGAAAAACUGUAUCUGAGGUUGAAAGCUUCAGGAAUCACCUUUGAUAUGGUAGCUUACAGUAUAGUUGUCCAGAUGUAUAUCAAAGCUGGUUCUAUCAAAGAUGCUUGCUUGGUUUUGGACAUGAUGGAGAUGCAAAAAGAUAUUAUUCCUGAUACAUUUCUUUUCCGGGACAUGCUUCGGACAUAUCAACAAUGUGGCAUGCUGGAGAAGUUGGCAAAUACCUACUACUGGAUACUGAAAAGUGGAGCCACAUGGGAUGAGGCCAUGUAUAACUGUGUUAUUAAUUGUUGUGGACAUGCCUUGCCUGUGGAUGAGCUUUCAAGACUUUUUGAUGAGAUGAUUCGAUGUGGAUAUGCUGCUAACACCAUCACCUUCAAUGUAAUGCUAGAUGUAUGUGGAAAAGCUGGCCUAUUUAAGAAGGCUACGAAGAUAUUCUGGAUGGCUUGCAAACGGGAUUUAGCAGACAUUAUUUCGUACAAUACUAUCAUAUCAGCCUAUGGGCAAAUCAGGGAUUUUAGGAGUAUGCAUUCUGUUGUUCAAAGAAUGCAGUGUGCUGGUCAUCCUGUUUCUCUGGAAGCAUACAAUUGUAUGUUGGAUGCAUAUGGAAAAGAAGACCGUUUAGAGGAGUUCAACACUGUGUUGCAGAAAAUGAAGGAAGCAAGCUGUGUUUCUGAUCAUUAUACAUACAAUAUUAUGAUCAAUAUCUAUGGGAAAAAGGGUUGGAUUGAAGAGGUUGCUCGUGUGCUUGCAGAAUUAAAGGAGCGUGGAUUGGAACCUGAUUUGUAUGGUUACAACACCUUAAUCAAGGCAUACGGAAUUGCGGGAAUGGUUGAAGAGGCUGCGAAUGUAGUGCAAGAGAUGAGAGCAAAAGGGAUUAAUCCUGAUCGGGUAACCUUUGUUAACCUGAUCAAUGCUCUCCAAAGAAAUGAAAAGUUCCUAGAGGCUGUUAAGUGGUCACUCUGGAUGAAGCAGAUGGGAAUGUCAAAUUGAAAAAUGUGUGCCAUAGCCUUUGAGGAGUCAAAACUGCCAAAAGAUUGUAUGUUAUCAUGCUUCUCGGACAACAGUUGUCCUUCACAACUUGAGUGCAACAUUGGUAGGACUUCCAUUGCCGAGGAUGAUAAUAGACGUUCUGUUGUCCUGCUUCCAGAAAGGAAUGCUAAUCCUGUUCAACCAAGUUUUUUAUAUUCUGUUCUGAUGGGAAUAUCCUGGUCUUUUCCAGCUUUCCGGAAUGUAUAGAUGUAUGUGUCCAGUCAAAUUGUUUGUUAAUUGCACAUCAAUGUUUGAUCUUCUAUGUGUAUAAUGGAUACACCACUUCAUCUGAGCAAA